ACACUAAUCAAGUUUUUCUUAGAUUAAAAGCGCAGUACAAACCAACAAUGAAAGCAGAAUGUUUAAUAGUGAUGAUUUUGCUAAUAUGUGCACAAGCUUUCAAUGUACCAAACAAUGGGUCGACACAACACUGGUUUAAGAUAAAUGACACAAAUUAUGUGAUUGAACUAGCUAUUACAGCAAAUUUCUGGUCUGCUAUGGAGUAUUGCACUUCUCAUAAUAUGCAACUAGUGUCUAUGGAUACUCUAGAAGAAAAUUCAGAAGUUUAUGCACAAGUAUCAAAUAUAGUGUUAAACAAUUCCUUGAAUUUUUGGUCUGCUGGUAAUAUCCUAGGAGACGAUAAAUCAAUCUGGAUAUGGAUGACAACAGGAAAAGUAAUUAGCAUUAACAGUUGGAGAGCUAGGGAACCUAAUACUCAAAGACUAACAGAUUUAUGCUUAUCUUUAUUAUAUCCAAAGGAUGAAAAUGGCUGGUGGACAGCUCACCCGUGCACAACGAGAGAUGCAUUUAUUUGUAAACAAUAGAUUAUACAUUUUAAAUUAUGUAGAUAUUUGAUGUAAUAUAACGCAUGCAUAAAAACACUAUUUUUGUAGAAAUGUAUAUGUAAAUAUAAACUUCUCGUGUUAUUAUAUUAAUCGCCCCACUCGUCCAAAACAGCUGAACCGAUUUUUAUGAAAUUUUAUUGUAUUCUGUACUAAAAGUGUAUUCAG